GAUCAUUUCCAAGAGGUUUAUGUCCGAAGAUCUCUAAUGAAGAGUUGCAUGUCUUUAGAGUCCACGCCAUGACUUCGAGCGUAAACAUCACCGACUCGUUCCCGAUGUCUGUGUCCGCCUUCAGACAAUCGUCGGCCGCAAACAGCGCUGUCAUCGGUGGUCACCAAUUGGUCGCUAAUUCUUCGGCUCUUCGUCUGCCAUUAAUGGCGUCCAUCGAGUCAUCGAAAGCGGCGCCAAUGUCUGCCAUAAACUUGUCGGACAUCACCGCCGGAACCGCUUUCAUACAAAUGGACGCCACGAACGCCAACCAAUUCAUACCGAUAUUCCAGUCGACAACCAUCACCUCAAUAGGUCCGCACACGACACUUAUAUCACCCACCAAUGUGUUGGAUAUCAACAGCACUUCCACUCAAUACUUAAUUCCUAACAACCGAUCUCCAAAUCAGAUGUCAUUGCUGUCCACCGGUGGACACACUUUUACCACCGAAGAUAACUCCAUCGAAGCGGUUCCUAAACAGCAAAAAGUGGUGAAAAAAAGUCUUCGGCGAACUAAAGCGGUUCCGAAAAUAGUGUCCGCAAAGACAACAGAAAUUACAGCCGUUUUAGCCGCCGAUGAAGAGGUUGUCAUCAGUUGGGACACCGCAGACAUCACCCGAACUGAUUCGCAGACAUUUCAGUGCAACUAUUGCUGCCAUAAAACGGAUCGAUUGGCAGACAUUCGGCGACACAUCCAGAAAACGCACGCCGAAGACAAACCCUACAAAUGCGGUGAUUGUGCCGAGAGUUUUAACUUUGAGAUUAACCUUCGAUUGCAUACCAGUGCUCAACACUAUAAGGCUGACGAUAAUGGAAAGCCUACCUGUUCUGAGUGCAAGAAGUGCUUCACACGAUUGGCUUCCCUUAAGUCCCAUCUGAUUGUCCACCAAAAGGACGAACUCUUGAGUUGUGGUCAGUGUUCGCAACAGUUUGCGACCCAUUAUUAUCUCAAUAAACACAUGAAGAGUGUCCACUUGAAUGGCUUUAAGAGGUCGGCCACCAAAGGGUCCGGUGCUGUGGCCAGAGGUGUGUUAAGCGGCGCCGACAACACCACCAAAAUCCGUUGUCUAUCCUGUUCUGUAUGUCAUCAGACAUUUACCAACAGUUCCGCACUCAGAGAACACCAGAAACUGCACUCAAAGAUCAGGUCUUCCCUAAAGCACCGGACGUAUAGGUCGGACAUCGAUAGGUCGACGUUCCGACACGAGUGCCACACCUGUAGUAAGAGUUUCGCUAAAAACAGUCAACUCGUGCGUCACUUACGUAUUCAUACGGGAGAGAAGCCAUACGUGUGUGAAGUGUGCGGACAGGCAUUCAAUCAGAAGAACUCGUUGGACACACACCGGCGCUGCAAACAUACCGAUGACAAGAGAUACCAGUGCCGGUUCUGCGGGGUUAGGUUUGCGCAGAGCGGGAACAUGAGGUCUCAUAUCGAGCGCCUACACGCCCCGCAAGUAGACAUACCGGCCGAACAGCUGUACAACUGUCCCCACUGUGAGUGUGUGUUCCGAAGGGUCGGUAUUCUGAACUGUCAUAUCAGUCGACGACAUCCCUGCGCCCAACCGGACGCGGAGGUCGACCUCCAGAAUCCCAUUCCGCCGGAUGUCUCAAACACACUACUUGUCCGUCAAGACUCAGAGGUCACCAACGGCGCCGGUAGUCUUAAAACUAGUGGACAGUUGGCUUUGAGUGCAGAAACGGAUAACGGUUUGGGAGACCAAACCUGUAUAUUGAGUAAAGCACUGGAAAAUAGUGGCGUAACCGACAAUACAGGCGCUAAAAUUGACGGUAACGGCACCGGAACUGAUGAUUGUGAUAAGCGUGUGGCACAGGCGUAUGACCCGGCUACUGGUGCCCGACAAACUCAUAUAUUACGACGUGUAGGGGCCGUUGUUUACCGCCAGUGUCUGUACUGUCGGCGCGAGUUCCGUAAGACAUCGGAUUUGGUCCGUCACGUGCGCAUACAUACCCGGGUUAAGCCGUUUAAGUGCACCGAAUGUUUUAGGGCGUUCCGUGUGAAAGGUACGCUCACUGCACACGUGCGCACGCAUACCGGUGCCGGCGUGAGGCCCUACUCGUGCGAUGCAUGCAAUAAGUCCUUUACUACAAGUCAGGCGCUGAAAGUUCACCAGAGGCUACAUACCGGCGCUCAACCCUAUAAGUGCCCGCAAUGUGAGCGGACAUUCCGUACGUUGAGUUCAAUGAGAGCUCAUUCCGGGAGCCAUAAACGACAGGCGCAGACAUCCGGAACGCCUACUGUGUCGAGUGGAAGGCGGGCGCCCAAAGGGAACAGUAUUUUGCGGUCAAAACGCCGGAAAUGUUUGAACGAAUCACUGCUACAGAGGAUCCAAUUGGAGGGACCGGUGCGGGUCACUGAUGGCACUGAUAGUACAGACACUGGUGUUAAUCCCGGAGCCAAUGGUGUCGAUGAACAGCAGCAGAACCAGUGGUCGGACGAUCCGAAACGGAAGUUCCGGUGCGAGUACUGCGCGAAAGCCUUUAAGAAGUCGUCCCAUUUGUCACAACACACCCGUUCCCAUACCGGGGAGAAGCCAUACCAGUGUCACCUCUGCCUCCAGACAUUUGUAGCCAAAGGCAGUCUUAAGAUCCACAUCCAGUCUCACUCGGGUAUCAAACCCUAUAAAUGUGAUGAAUGUUUGGCCACAUUCUCGACCAAAGGCUCCCUAACCCGUCACAUGACUCGGCACCGGGAUGCCAGACCCUAUAUGUGCCCCUAUUGUCAGAAAACCUUCAAAUCGAGUCUUAACUGUAAAAAACACAUUAAAUUACAUCGAAAUGAGUUCGCGUUGCAGCUGAUGGCGGAUCAGUUGAUUAGUGAUGAUAAUGAAGUCGACAUUCAUAUUGGAAGUGAUGUCACUGUAAUGGAUGGCAACGGAGAGCCCGUGGAUGUGAUUGCCGUUAAAGACACGGAUAAUGUGAUCAGCGAUGAAGUGGUGAUGAAUGAGACGACUGUUACUGUAAAUACUGUUAAUAACAAUACCGUCGAUGAGAUAAUACCGAUCGACACGACUGUGAUCGAGUGUGUGGAGCAGUCAGUGCCCGAUAAGGACUACCAGUGCGAUCGGUGUAUGGCUGGGUUCACCUCGAAGAACUCCCUGCGCCGACACGUGACUAAUGUGCACUCCCAGGGUCGCACUGGUAGUUCACUGACGUGUCCGCACUGUCCCACUAAUUGGCGCUCAGCCGCGACGCUCGAGAGGCACCUGGAGAUGAGCCAUAAGACGGCCCGACUAUUGAGUAGUGAUAGCACCGGGAGUUCAGCACAAAUGGUCGUACAAACAAAUACUAGAACUCCUGAAGCAUUGAAUGAAAGGACUCAGAGCACCGGUAAUAUUCGGGGAAAUGUAUGCGAUUUCUGUGAGAAACCCUUUAAGAAGCCGUCAGACCUGGCGAGACACCGGCGCACUCAUACCGGGGAACGUCCUUUCGAGUGCGAGUUAUGUCACAAACGGUUUACCGUUAAGUCCACUCUCGACUGUCACCUACUGUCCCAUUCGGGCGUUAAGAACUACCGGUGCGAUGUGUGCGACACACUAUUUGCCACAAAUGGUAGCUUAAAAGUGCAUCAAAGACUACACACAGGUCUUAAGCCAUUCGAGUGUCAGGAGUGCGGCGAACGGUUUCGGACGUCUGGACACCGAAAGGGACACAUUGCCAAACACAACAAGAAUCGGGUCACCUCUACAGCACCGGUAGUCGAGACGUCCCAACAGCCAGUGCAACAAAUGGUAACCAAAGUGGUGAUCGAUAACAACAGCACCCCUCCAGAGAUUUCCGUUCCAGAAGAGAGUCAGUUGAUUGGCGGCGAUAUAAUGAUCGCGUUGUCCACCACUGGCGCUGGCAAUCAGAUGGUGACCAACGGAUCCAAUAUGUCGUACCAGAUGGACAACACACUGUUCUCGCAACUCAUCUGCCAAUUGGACACAAAUCUUAUACAACAACUCCAGAGUCAGGGCUUCAUUAUCACCGAUUGUGACACUAAUGACACCAAUGAGACAAUGACUGCACCGCCGAUGACGACUCUCUUCUGAAUUGUUAACCC